GUGGAGAGUGUGUGUGGAUAAUCGAUUAUAUCGUUGUGUUUUGUUAUCGUUUGCAUUUUUUACGACCCACCAGUGUUUGUCUUCAGCAUAGGAUAUCAAGAAAUCUAUUGAUUGAGCAAAAUGUUUUGCCUUCUCUAUAGCGAUAUAUAGGGCAUUGGGUUGAAAUGGCUAAAUACGUCCCGACAACUACAUUUGUGUAAAGGGGAAGUAGCCUACGAUAUGUCAAACCGUAUUUAACUUCGUUCUCUUGUCUGGUGAACUAGACAUUAGUCAAGCCGGGGAGAACAGUUGUAGCGAGAUUAUCAUUGUUUUUCAAGGCAAUGUUUCGAUAUUGGAAGAAUUUAUAUAGAAAAUACACAUCGAAUAACGACCGAGGCGCUAGAAUGGACAACGCUGGGUUUUGCAACGAGACCUAUGAAAGCCUUCACAACCCGGCUAGCGAUGAUGAGUUGGUCGAUGUAGCGGGAGCCACGCUCGAUUUCUCCAGCACGGAGGACGUGCCACCUCUAGACACCGAAUACGGCUCAGGCUACGGUACUACCGGUUACUCUAAUGAUAUGACCGGUAACGGGGCUGGUAGUAACGGGAAGCUGAUGGACCUACUAGACGAGCCGGUACCGGGGGUAGGGACCUACGAAGACUUCAAUACCAUCGACUGGGUCAGAGAGAAGAGCAAGGACCGCGACCGCCACAGAGAGAUCACCAGUAAGAGUGAGCAGUCUACCUGGGACCUGCUCCACAGCAUCAGUGAUGCCUUCUCCGGCUGGCUCCUCAUGCUGCUCAUAGGACUCUUGUCAGGUGCUCUAGCAGGCUGUAUAGACAUCUCGGCUCACUGGUUAACAGACCUGAAGGAGGGUGUGUGUCUGUCUGGCUUCUGGUUCAACCAUGAACACUGCUGCUGGGGCUCUAACCAAACCACCUUUCAAGAGAGGGACAGGUGUCCACAGUGGCAGAGCUGGGCUGAACUGCUGGGUGGUAGCUCAGAGGGGGCAGCAGCGUACAUAGUCAACUACUUGAUGUUCAUGUUGUGCGCUCUACUGUUCUCCUUCCUGGCUGUCAUUCUGGUCCGGGCCUUCGCACCUUACGCCUGUGGAUCAGGAAUACCAGAGAUAAAGACCAUCCUCUCUGGGUUCAUCAUUAGAGGCUACCUGGGGAAAUGGACCCUAAUCAUCAAGACAAUUACCCUGGUCCUGGCUGUCUCUUCUGGUCUCAGUCUUGGCAAGGAAGGACCCCUGGUCCAUGUAGCAUGUUGCUGUGCCAACAUCCUCUGUCAUCUGUUCACAAAGUACCGACAGAACGAAGCAAAACGACGAGAGGUGUUAUCUGCAGCCGCAGCAGUGGGCGUGUCUGUGGCCUUUGGCGCACCUAUAGGAGGAGUGCUGUUCAGUCUGGAGGAGGUGAGCUACUACUUUCCUCUGAAGACUCUGUGGAGGUCGUUCUUCGCUGCGUUGGUGGCAGCCUUCACUCUCCGCUCCAUCAACCCGUUCGGUAACAGCCGACUGGUCCUGUUCUACGUAGAGUUCCAUACCCCCUGGCACAUGGUGGAGCUGGUCCCGUUCAUCCUGCUGGGCAUCUUCGGUGGCCUCUGGGGGGCGCUCUUCAUCAGGGCUAAUAUCGCCUGGUGCAGAAGACGUAAGACCACUCGUCUGGGCCACUACCCGGUGCUGGAGGUCUUGGUGGUAACUGGAAUCACAGCCCUCCUCUCCUUCCCUAACAGUUACACCAGGAUGAGUGGGUCAGAACUGAUCUCAGAACUGUUUAAUGACUGUUCUCUACUGGAUUCCUCACAGCUGUGUGACUACAACAGCUCUGAGAACAGGUCUGACUCUGGUGUGUUUACUGCCAGCCUCGCUGAUAGGGCGUUCAGUAACACACUCCCUGAUAGGCCAGCUGGACCAGGUGUGUACACAGCGCUAUGGCAACUGGCUCUGGCCCUCUUCUUCAAGAUGCUGGUCACUGUGGUUACCUUCGGCAUGAAGGUCCCUUCCGGUCUCUUCAUCCCCAGUAUGGCUGUAGGGGCGAUAGCAGGCAGACUGCUGGGAGUUGCCAUGGAACAGAUGGCGUUGAACCAUCAUGACUGGCUCAUCGUCAAGGGCUGGUGCUCAUCAGGGGCGGACUGUAUCACACCAGGGCUCUACGCUAUGGUGGGGGCGGCUGCAUGUCUAGGUGGUGUCACCCGUAUGACCAUAUCGCUGGUGGUCAUCAUGUUUGAGCUGACGGGCGGUCUGGAGUACAUUGUUCCUCUGAUGGCUGCGAUCAUGACCUCUAAGUGGGUAGCGGACGCGUUGGGGCGCGAGGGGAUCUACGAAGCCCACAUCAGACUCAACGGUUACCCCUUCCUGGAAACCAAAGAGGAGUAUGGGCACAAGACCCUGGCUCAGGAUGUGAUGCGCCCUAGGCAGUCGGACCCUCUCCUAGUCGUGCUCACUCAGGAGGGUAUGAGUGUAGGGGAGAUAGAAGGGGUGAUAGCAGACACUGACUACAGUGGGUUCCCCGUGGUGGUGUCACAGGAGUCUCAGAGACUAGUGGGCUUCGUACUGAGGAGGGACCUGGUCAUAUCUCUAGACAACGCCCGUAAGCGACAGGAGGGGGUGGUCAGUGCCUCGUUAGUGUUCUUCUUGGAACACGUGCCCCCCCAGCCCUUCUCCGGUCCCCCUGUCGUCAAACUACGAGGUAUCCUGGACCUUAGUCCCUUCACUGUGACAGACCACACCCCCAUGGCGAUAGCUGUGGACAUCUUCAGGAAGCUGGGACUCAGACAGUGUCUGGUUACACACAACGGGAGGUUGCUGGGAAUCAUCACUAAGAAAGACAUUCUGAAGCACAUGGCUCAGAUGUCCAACAGAGACCCAGACUCUAUCCUCUUCAACUGAGACCCAGACUCUAUCCUCUUCAACUGAGACCCAGACUCUGUCCUCUUCAACUGAGACCCAGACUCUGUCCUCUUCAACUGAAACCCAGACUCUGUCCUCUUCAACUGAGACCCAGACUCUGUCCUCUUCAACGGAGACCCAGACUCUG